AUGGACAAGGCACAAUUGAUCUUGUUGGGUCUACCUAUAUUCUUAUUUUGUUCCGAUCUCUUUAACCUUUUCACUCCUCCACCUCCUAAACCUCAGCACCACCGUCCCCAUCAGCCACCGCAUAUCCCUCACCAGCACCGUCCGGCGAUGGGCAUCCCCGAAACCCUAGAUUUCCCUUCUCAGAAGAGUAACGUGUUAGGAGCAAUUGGUUAUGGAAACACCGUAGAGAUUAACUUCUGCGUCUCAUGUUCUUACAAGGGAACUGCAGUCACCAUGAAGAAGAUGUUAGAGACGGCAUUUCCCGGUUUAGAUGUGAUUCUUGCAAAUUACCCACCACCAGCACCAAAGCGCCUUCUAGCUAAGGUUGUGCCAGUUGCUCAGAUGGGAGUUAUUGGUAUGAUAGUUGCAGGUGAUCGUAUCUUGCCCAUGAUUGGAAUUAUGCAGCCACCUGCUUGGCUCAACUCCUUGAGGGCCAAUAGAUUUGGAUCCAUGGCUUCCACUUGGCUUAUCGGAAACUUUCUGCAGUCUUACCUUCAAAGCUCAGGCGCCUUUGAAGUUCACUGCAACGGAGAACUGGUUUUCUCUAAACUGAAAGAAGGUAGAUUCCCGGGAGAGAUCGAGCUGAGAGAUCUCAUCAGUAAAACUUUAACAAAACCGAGCAUCGUCACAGGUAGCUUCUGA